CUUAGCCACCAUGCUGAAGUCAAACAAGACAAUAGUGAAAGUGGUCCUGGCAGUUCAGUCCAUUGUUUUCAUCUGCUUCCUCUCUCAUCUUCGCAGCAGCUAUUCCCCCCAGGAAGAGAAGCCAGCUCAGGUGCACAUCCUCAUUCUGUCCUCCUGGCGGUCAGGAUCUUCCUUCACUGGCCAGCUCUUCAGCCAGCACCCUGAUGUCUUCUACCUUAUGGAGCCUGCCUGGCAUGUGUGGAAAGCCAUGUACCAGAACAGGGCCAAAGCCUUACAGAUGGCAGCACGUGACCUCAUCAGGUCUGUCUUUCUGUGUGACAUGUCUGUGUUUGAUGCCUACAUGUCUACGCAGAGGAAUAAAUCUGAUUUAUUUCAGUGGGAGGCCAGCCGGGCCCUGUGCUCCCCCCCUGCAUGUGACCACUUCCAGCGCAACCACAUCAUUUCCAAAACCGCCUGCAAGACCCUCUGCAGCAGGUACCCAUUCAGCAAGGUGGAGGAGGCUUGCAAGACCUAUAGCCACAUUAUCCUCAAGGAGGUCCGGUUCUUUGAUCUGACAGUUCUCUAUCCCCUUCUCACCGACCCCUCCCUGAAUCUCAAAAUCAUUCACUUGGUUCGCGACCCCAGGGCUGUGUUCCACUCUCGUGAGAAAACAGUGGCUGCUCUGAUGCACGAUAGUAACAUUGUGGUGGGGCCCCAGAAGAACCAAGGGGAGAGGGGGCCCUACAACGUGAUGCAGGAAAUCUGUAAAAGUCACAUCCGGAUUUACACUGAAGGCAGCCAGGCCCUUCCCAGCUUCCUCAAAGGCCGCUACAUGCUGGUGCGCUAUGAAGAUAUUGUCAACGAUCCCCUGGCAAAGGCUGCACAGAUGUAUAAGUUUGCAGAGCUCCAUCUCAUACCCAAACUUCAGGUGUGGCUGUAUAAUAUCACUCAUGGGAAAGGCCUGGGGAUGCAGGCCUUUGACAUCGGCUCCAGAGAUGCAGUGAAUGUAUCCCAGGCCUGGAGGAAGAACCUGUCCUUCCAGAAAAUAGCAAAGUUGCAAAAUGUGUGCAAGGAUGCCAUGGACCUAUUGGGUUAUCGACUAGUGAUGUCCGAGGAAGAACAGAAAGAUAUGGCACUGAACCUGUUAUUUACCCAGGGCCUUCCACCCAGUGACACAGGGAGCUGAAUGCCGAAAAUUUGCCUCCUGUUUGUCAGCUGAAGGCUGCAGAAUUCAGAACUGUAUGCACAAGUGAAAAUGUGUGUGUGUGCGUGCAUGCACAUAUGUGUACAGAGUGAUAAUAGCAGUUGAGAGGGAACAGAACAUCCAAGUAACAGUACCCAAAAGAGUCAGAAAUCUCCCAGAAGGCCAAUUUAAUUAAACACCAAUAAAACCACAAUUAGCAGGUGUAUUCCUGGAGACCAAGAGGCACAGUGAGUGUCAGACACUCAGGCCCCUACCUGUACAAAUUCCAUGUAAAUUCCAGAGCUUAUGCAUUUUUACCUAAGGAUUUAGUGGAUUUUCCAGCACUUGAAGUUUUUAAAUCAAGCUUAGUGUCUUUUUAGAAGAGAUGCUCUAGCUCAAUCAUAAAUUAUGGGUUUGUUGCAGGAAUCACUUGAUGAAAUUUUCUGUCCUGUAUUAUGCAGGAG